UCUGCAAAUCUACAAAAGAGCGCAAGAAUCGCCCAUCACCCCUACUCAUCCCCCCCAUCCUAUAUAUGACCGCCCCCCUUCCCUCUCCUCGUUCCCGCUCUUCCUCCACAACUUCCUCCACCGCGCCUCUUCCCUCUUUCGAAGAGUACGUGCCCCCGCGACCGGCCAUCACAGGCGGACAACAAAACCUAUCAGUCAAAGUAGAAGGACUCGGGAAAGAUGUACAGCUAGUAGUCGAUGCUGCGCACGGGUGUGGAGGCGUUACUUGGCCCGCUGGGGAGGUCAUGUCCAGAUACCUGGUGUAUAGGCAUAGUCUAGAGCCUGACAGGCUGAAGGAGAAAAAGAUACUCGAGCUGGGCUCUGGAACAGGCCUGGUGGGCUUGGUGACGGCGAUGCUAGAGCCUUCUUCCGAAAUCUGGAUCACUGAUCAAGCCCCCCUCCUUGAACUGAUGGAGACCAACACUAGACUAAAUCUGGGCGAAGAUCAUGACAGUGUGCACGUCACAGAGUUCAAUUGGGGCGAAUCUGUCAGCAGCGAUAUCCCGAUCGAAGACAUCGAAGUCGUCCUAGCUGCAGACUGCGUCUAUUUCGAACCCGCCUUCCCUCUCCUCGUCCAAACCCUGUGUGACGUCGCCCCCCUCGGCAAAACCAUCGAAAUCCUGUUCUCCUACAACAAGCGACGCAAGGCCGACAAAAAGUUCUUUGCCAUGCUCAAGAAGCACUUUACGAAUGCGUUCGUGGAAGAUGACAAGCCUGGGGAGAGGGAGAGAUAUGGGAGGCAAGGUGUGAGCUUGAUGAGACUGACGCGGAAAAAGUAGGGGUAUAGGCGCUUGGGUUGUAGAUGCAUCUUUUGGGCUCUUUGAGCUAUAGAUGCUUCUGCAGAGACCUCCUUAGAUUGAUUGCGAAGAACAGUGGUUGGUGUCCGAUGCUUGCAUCGAGCUCAGUGAAGCAAGCCAUAUUGGCGAACUCGAGUCCUUCCACAGAGUGGCGGACUGCGAGACACAACAACCCUCGACUUUCUCACUUCGCCGAGCUCGACCAGUAAGUGUCCCUUAUUUCUUUGUGGUUAAAUCAGACAUCUAGUCAGUUGUCGGACAAGACGCGAGAUGGAAAACGCGAGAUUUGCCGCAUACAACAGUCGUGACAAUCGACGCAGACGUGUGAUGAUAUCUUGCUAUCUGUUCUCUUCCCAUCAAACUCCAUUGUACGAUGCAAGACCCUUAGCACCUAUCUACGCCAUCGUCCGGAUAUGCCAAGAGGUGCAUUGUUGUUGGAAUCUGGAGUUCACUGCGCAGGACGCUGCGAGUAGACGUACUUUAUACAAUGUGGCACGGGAAGGUUCAGGGACUCGCAGCGGGGCAUAUUGUGGAGCCUGUUGCGCUUUCUCAUGUUUGUCCAUCUUACCAGGUGAUAGGAGCUGAAGACU